UUUCUUUUUCUCCUUUUUAUAAUUGCAUAUUCUUUGCAUUUAGUCAAUUUCCUGUUUUUGGGUUUUACUUUUGGCUUUUGGCACAAUUAUAUCCUCAUAAUAUUCACAUAUUUUGGUUUAGCUCUGAUUUUCAUGAAAUGGAAAUGUAAUUCAUUAUUCUAAGAUAGAUUCAAAGAUAUUUUGUUUUCUAAAAAUUUCCUUUUUUUUUCCCUUUUUUGAAAUGGUCUUUAUUUCUGUAUCUGUUGGUUGUCUCGUUUUUGUGUGACUUAAAGCAAAGCUACCAGGCUGAGGUUUUUUUGAUUUGUAUGGCUGUGUUGAAAAUGACUGGUAGCUGUGCAUUCAAUGAGUUUGAUUGUCCUUAUUUACAUAUUCACAAGUCACACAGUACUAUGUCUAAAAGCAACUCCUCAUUCUUCCAAAAGAUUGUUGAUGACAAAAUCUAUCUUAAGAAUUAAAAUUCUAAAAAAGACAGGCUUUUGAUGUUUGAUUUGAAUCUGCAGGAUUUAUGAUGCUUGUUUGUUUAUGGUGGGGAUAUAGACUGCAAACUACUUCAGAAAUUCCAGAGUGUGCUUUAUUUGAUAAAAGCCAAACCCCAUGAUCACAGGAUGUGUGACUCGUCGGUUGUGCAAUCUGCCUUGAGCCAAAAUGAUUCCAUUUCGAAAUGUUCACAUUCUAGGGCAAUUUAUUGCAACUCAGGAUCUCAGUUAGAUAUUGUGGAUGAACUUCAAGACAAUAACUUAUCCUCAGAGGAAAAGAGUUAUAAUGAAGAGACUGGAAGUGUCGAAUCUUGUUUUAAAAGCAGCGAUUCUUAUCCUUAUAGGUUUCAGCUCGAGCAGGAUGUACAUAUUUUACAACAAAAGCUACAAGAAGAGAUGGAUUUGCAUUCUAUCCUGGAAAAUGCUCUAGAAAAAAAUGCUACAGAAUUGUCAAGUCCUUCAUGUCUCCCACACCAUGCUCAGGAGCUUCUAUCCCAUAUUGCAGUAUUGGAGGUUACUAUCUCAAAACUUGAACAAGAGAUGGUCUCUUUGCAUUUCCAGCUUAGUCAAGAGAGAAAUGAAAGGAGGCUUGCGGAAUACCGUUUGAGGCAUUCAGUUUCUCCAUCUAUAUCACCUUUAUCAAGAUGUUUGCAGCACUCAAAUUCUGUACCGCAUCAUUCCUCAGUAUGUAACUCUUGCCAAGAGCCUACAGACCAACCAUCAGAAUCUACCGGUGAACCAUCUUCUAUGGAGUCUGUAAGAGAGAAUGCAGUGGACUCGCUUUUGCAUCAUGAUGGGAAGAAAAUAUCUGCAAAGACAGAUGGCAUAUCUUGUCAAUCUUUACAGUUUGAGAAGAUUUCCAGAGGGAUACCUCCUAAAGGCCUUUGGGAUCACCCUAACCAAUUAUCAGAAGAGAUGGUAAGAUGCAUGAGAAAUAUAUUCAUAUCUCUUGCGGAUUCAGCUGUCCCUUCGAAAUCUUCUGCAUUUAAGAGCCACAGCUCAAGUCUAUCACCACGGGGACAUCUAUCAAAUUCAUCAUGGUGGUCGUCAUCUGAACGCUCGAUGAUACCAUCAUGGGUGCAAAGCCCACAGGUUGAUAUUCAGAGCAACUCUGAAGUUUUGGCUUCAGAGAAUUCCUUUGAUCCCUAUAGAGUACGUGGAAAAUUAAGCUGGGCUGAAAUUGGAAACUAUGGCUCAGCAAAUGAAGUAUCUUGGAUGUCAGUUGGGAAGAAGCAGCUGGAAUAUGCAUCCGGGGCCUUAAGGAGGUUCAGAACACUUGUGGAGCAACUGGCUAAAGUGAAUCCUAUACACUUGAGUUGCAAUGAGAAGCUUGCCUUCUGGAUCAACUUGUAUAAUGCUCUAAUCAUGCAUGCUUACUUAGCAUAUGGAGUUCCAAGAAGUGACUUGAAGUUCUUCUCCCUGAUGCAAAAGGCCGCAUAUACAGUUGGAGGCCACUCCUUCAGUGCAGCUGCAAUUGAAUAUGUCAUUCUGAAGAUGAAACCACCUUUGCAUAGACCACAAAUUGCUUUGCUUCUUGCUCUUCACAAACUGAAGGUGUCAGAUGAGCAACGCAAGUCCGCAAUUGAUGCAUAUGAACCACUUGUAUCUUUUGCACUCAGUUGUGGGAUGUACUCAUCACCUGCGGUGAGGAUCUACACUGCUAAGAAUGUUAGGGAGGAGCUUGAAGAAGCUCAGCAUGAUUUUAUACGAGCUUCGGUCGGGGUUAGCAGCAAAGGGAAGCUAUUAGUUCCAAAAUUAUUGCACUGCUUUGCUAAGGGCUUUGUGGAUGAUUCUAAUUUGGCUGUAUGGAUAUCUCAUUACCUUCCACCCCAUCAAGCUGCUUUUGUCGAGCAAUGCAUAUCACAAAGGAGGCAAAGCCUUAUUAUUUCCCGAAACUGUGGUAUUCUUUCCUUCGAUUCACGAUUCCGUUACUUAUUCCUGCCUGACAAAAUUUCUCUCCAAUGAUAUCUAUAUUAUCUUUCCAUCCUUCCGGAACCAUUCUUGUUAAUUUGAAUUAUGCACACUAAGCUACAAAACUUAGGCUGCAUCCAUGCCAGUGUGAAUCUUAGCAUCCUUGAGAAAGACAAGGUUCAUUGCAGUUUUGAUCUUUGCCCUUGCAUCCAGACAUCCUGUUCUGGGUGAUGUACAUUUUCUUCAUGGCUACUACAAGUAAAUAAAGUGCUUUAGCUGUUGAUGUUGCGUUUUCUUGAUCCAACAAUGUCAGAAUAAAUACUUCUUGGGGUUAUUAUUUGCAGACAAUACAGGGUAACCUACAAAGCUCAUCUUACAGGAUAAACAACUAUGGAUGGUCUUAUCGUUCGACAUUGUGUCCGAGUACACGCGUGCAUAGUUCAUCAAGAAAUCAAAUGUCAUUUUUUUAUUUGUUGUCUCGGACACUAUGGAAUGAUAAAUGUCAAUUAUUUUAGCAUUUGCUAUUAUUAAACAACUUUUACCAUGUAAGAUGGAACCGUUAUUCAAGCUAUUGUGCAUGUUCCAAAUGCGAACAUGACCUCAACAGUCAAGACUGAACAAGUAAUCAUUGGAAAAUUUCUUUAAAAGCAAACUAAGGAAAACGAUAUUGGUUUAUGUUUCAUUACUUGUUUGACAACUCUUAGGUGGAUCUUGUGCCCAAAAUUUAUUUGGCUUUGGUCGCUCCCUAAUACAGCAGUAGUCCAUUUUUGGAUCUACGCUGUAGUAUUCCAACCAAGCCAAGCUAAAGCCCCUAUACAAACAAAAUGAUGCUUAGUCUUAGGAAUGACCUCAACCAAUACACAUCAAGGCCACGCCACAAGGAUGCCUGAUCAACAUGGACCGGAGCUCUCAUGUCUUGGGGUAAACCCAACCAAUUAUCCAACCAACUCUUAUUUGUGCGUAAUUGCUAAGGGUUUAAAAUAGGCCUACAGUGAUAUCACUACUGCUCGAAGCCACCAGAUUAUGCCACUUGGCAGAAUUUGACUCGUUGAUGACUCUUGUCCAACUCUAUAAAUAGGAGCAUUAUCAUAUUUUUUU